AAUUAUUGUCACACAACUUGUGAGAGAAUUGACUCCUAGAAUAUUCAUUUAUAUUCAUCUAUAUAUAAUCGCUUUCAAUUUUAAUGUAAUUAUAAUUUUUGUGAAUUAUUCAUAUUUUUUUAUAUCUGAAAAAAAACAAAGACGAUUUUCAGGAGUUCGAGCAGGUCGUUAAAGAAGUGAGCAGAGUUUCUGGAUUACUUUGCAGCUUAAUUAUUUAUAUUCCAUUAUCAAGAUAUACGGCCAUUGGAAAAUAAUUACUUCCAUCUAGAUUCCACAAAAAGUUUGGUUUGCCCAUUGUAGCCUCGUCACUAUUCCAAUGGAUAGCAAAUUAGUGGAAAGUGGAUAUAGUGCUAUCCAUCAUAGAUUAGAAAGAGUACAUUGGCGAAUGUUAUUCUGUAGUUUAUCAGCUAACUUACUAGUAACAUCACUCGGACUCUUGAUAUCAUGGUACUCGCCAGUUAUUCCUAAGCUAAUGUUAAACAACACAGACGUCAAUCCUUUGGAUAAACCAAUCUCUGCUCUCGAAACUUCCAUAAUCACUGUAAUUCCAAGUAUUGGAGCAAUAAUAUUAUUUCCAUUUUGGGCAUAUAUAGUUGACAGAAUAGGAAGAAAAACAACCAUGAGGAUGAUAAGCUCCAUAUUAAUUUGUAGCAUAAUAACAACGGCUUUCGCUAGAAACAUUAAUACAUACUAUAUUUCUUUACCUCUUACUGGGAUUUGUGUAAAUGGAGGAUUAUUAACAGCGUCCGUAUAUAAUACUGAAAUAUCAAAAGAUUCCAAUAGAGGGAUGUUCAAUUGUAUAAUGAUGAUGCAUAUUCCGAUAGGAAUUGUAUUAGGUUAUAUUUUUGGAUCAAUUAUGAGUGUCAAAUGUCUGAGUUUGUUAUCUACUAUACCACCUAUUCUUUUUCUUUUUGCAUCCUUCUUUCUACCAGAGUCUCCAUAUUACUUAUUGCUCAAACAAAAUUAUUUGGAAGGAACUAAAGCUCUAGAAAUAUUAAGAAGUACAACUAAUCCGAGAGAAAUAGAAUCAGAAAUUAAGAAAAUCAAAGAAAUCAUUGCAUCUACAACUUUAAGUAAAUCACGAACUAUAAGGGAAAUUUUUAGCAAUUUUGCCAUUCGGAAAGCUUUUUUGAUAAGCAUCCAAAUCACUUCUAUUGAACAAUUGUCUGGAUUAUCAAUCAUAUUGAUAUAUGUAUCACCAAUAUUUAACAAAGCUGGCUCUGGUUUGUCAGGAGAUUCCGUUGGUAUAAUUGUAGGAGUACUUAAAUUGGUAACCUUUUCUUUAGCAACUUACCAUUCAGAUAGAUUGGGAAGAAGAAAGUUGAUCCUCAUAUCGACUCUUUGUUGCGCAUUCCCUAUGUUCUUUCUCGGUUUUUAUUUCUACCUCGAUCAUAUCGGUUCUCAAGUACUAAACAAUUUCAAAUGGAUCUCUGUAAUUUUGGUUGUGAUAUAUAUAAUUUCAUAUUCUAUAGGAUUAGGUAACGUUCCGUUAACUUUCGCGGGAGAAGUUUUUCCCGAAGAUAUGAGAGCUUUGGGUGUGUCUUUAGUGUUAAUAGUAAACCAAUCAAUCAUGUGUAUCGUAAUUUUCGCUUUUCCUUUAGUGUCCGUUCAUUACGGACCACACUGGUGUUUUUGGAUUUGUGCAAUGUUCUGCGUUAUUGGAUUUAUAAGCAUGUAUCUUACAGUGCCUGAAACGAAAGGUAAAUCAUUUUUAGAAAUACAACAUCUUUUCAAAAAGGCGUGACCAAGUUAUUUCACAUGUAUUCUCAAUUUUAUCUAUUGUAUAUCGUUUAAGAAUAUGAAAUAUAUUUUCAACAUUUGAUAAA